CAUACGCGUUCUGCGCGCGGCGCGGGUGAAGAUGAAGUCGCACACGGACGGAUCAUCGGUGAUCGAGUGAUCGGUGUUCCGCGGAGAUGCUGCGGUGGAGCUCCAGGAGUCCUCGACACUGGCACGAGUUCGUCAAUCAUGAGGUCUGCGUCACGGCGGGAGAUCAGCAGCGUUUCGAGGGACGCGUGUUCACCGUGGACCCCGUCUCCGCCAGUGUGGUGCUGGUGAGCGUCCAGGAGAACGAGUGUCCGUCGGUGAGGGUGAUUCUGGGUCACGCGGUGACCGAUGUCCAGAUCCUCAGGAGAGGAACAGAGGAAACGGAGCGUCAGAUGAAGAGCGUCUUCCUGCCGGACCGAGCACAGGAUCUCAGCGCGGAGGAGCUGAAGUCUCGGAGGGAGAGUGUGCGUCUGUGGCUGGAGAAGAACCGAGUCCCGGUGACUGAAGAUGGAGAGCUUCUGUGUGUGGCGAACGCUCUGACCAUCAGCGCCCCCUACAGGCCUGGAGACUGCAGCAGCGCCAACGAGAUCAUCCUGUCUCGCAUCCAGAGUCUAGUGGAGAGCAUCCCUGGAGCAGAACAACCCUCAGCACAGACACAUCAGUGAAGAAGAGCUUCUGUGUUAUCAGCUCUAGAUUCACGGAACACUCAGUCAUUGGAUGUUUGUUCGUUUUGAAUGUUAUAAUAAAUGUUUCCUGAUGCAUAAACCAAGGCUGUGCUCAUAAUGGAAGAGAAAUGAAUCUUUCUGAAACUGAACCAUUUGUAAAAUGAAAACUCAGCCCAAAGGUGCAUAAAAACACCUUUUACAAACCCAUCGCAUAGCUUACUGAAAUAACAAAUCAUUAAAUUCUGUUAAAUAUGAA